CGCUGCGCUAAGUCUCCUCCCAUGACCGCUACAUUCUGCGCCGAAAGCCCAGGCUCUCCCGGUCCGUAUUUUAACUUCUUCCCGCACGCCGAGUGGUACCUCGUUGGGUACCGGGAGGCAGUUUGGACCACCGGCAUCACGGAUUGCGUGCGAUUUUACACGGAUGACGACUCCUUCAGCGAGAAUUUAGUAAAAGAAAAGUGGUCGGAAAAUUCAGAUCAUGUGGAGAGGACCCUAAUUUCAGCAUCCUGGAAGUAGAAAGCACUGAAGAUCUGUGUCUCACCCCACAGACAGGUGCAACGUGUGGCCGGAGCAGCACCAAGAGAGGAAAGUGUGGGGAGGCGGCAGUGCUGCAGCGUGCCUCUCCGGCUGUGGAUGUGCUGGGUGGCAAACCCCAGGCUGCACAUAAUGUGUCUGGGGAGUCGCCUGGGCAUGUCCCGCAGCCGGCCGCCGCCGCCCCCCGCCCGGUCCCUCAAGUCCUGGCGCCCAGGCCCGAGAGCGGAGACUCUGUGUUUGUGGUCAUGGAGACCGCUCCUUCUACUGCCUUUCCCCAGACGCUCCCCAUCAGCGGCGACGCUAAUCCCCGCGUCUCACAGGGGGUCCGCUCAUCCCUCGCCGAGGACUUCAGGACCCGUAACAGUCCCCUCGCGUCACAUGCACAAAACGACGACGAGGCGCGCGUGUUGCAACACGACUUACAAAUUGCUGCUAAAGAGACACGCCUCUCAAAUAGCGAGACACAUCGAAUUCAGCCGCAAGCGGGCACGGGAGUUGUGCUGGUCGCGGCGGCGCACAAGUGCAACUCUGAAAACGGAACAGGCGUGGAAUUCCAAUCGUACACAGGCGGAACUAUUAUCCCGCAAGCGCAAGUUCAGAUCUGCUUCACGGCCUCGUCCUUCCCCGGCGCCGGAGAGCACGGCGCUACCGAUCAGACGGCGGCAGCGAGCGCUGCCCAGCACUCCGCCGCUUCGUGGAACUGCAGCGAGCAAGUUGACCUGCCGCCAGUCACGGGUCAGCUCAGGCAGGAUGUUAACGAUGCAGAUGAGCGCUCCUACAAAGCUAAAACAAACACAGGAGAACUCCCGACUGGACCUGGAUCAGGCUCUCCUGCUCCAGCCUUGUCCAACAGGACUACAACCAGACAAGAUGCUGAUAUCCCGGCAGGCGGUUUGAGUGCGACUUCCUCCAAGGACCUGGCGCUCUCGGACCUUGUAGUGUCUCAGCCCUCCCACCAGUUCCCACUGACGGAGACGCCCGUGUUCGCCGAGCUGGUGCAUUCUGCCCAGUCGCAGGAGAUCGUGGUGGUGAGCGAGGCCUCGUGGUCCAACGUGCACCUGAAGCAGAGUUACCUGCUCCAGCACGCCGACGGCAGCGUGUGCGAGGCGGCCAUCGUCACCGGCCACGCGCCCGCCGAGGCCAAGCUGUACCAAGACGGCGCUCAGGCCGACAUGGACCUGAGCGCCCAAAACGUGGAGGUAUACCAGUUUUGUGACCUGGUGGAGGAGGUCGCCGCCGAGGAAACGGUGUGUGUGAGCACCAGCGUGCAGAUACCCCACUCCCCGGGCUACGAGGUCAACCUCUUCAAUGCUCUGUUGGACUCCAACGAGGGCCUGGAGUCGCACCUGCAACCUUCUAUUCACACGAUGGACGACAGCGACACGCUCAUCAUUUCCCAGCAGGACUUGCCUUCGUCACAUGACGCGGUCGCUGCCAUGGGACAACAUCUGCUGUUAGACGCCAGCUCCAACCAGGUCUGCUUGGUGGAAGUGGACUCCUUUCCCCUCCAGCAGACCGACACUCCAACGGCAUGUUCGCAGGUGAGUGGCGAAGCAUCGCCGGCGGACACUGCGGAAGGCGAGGCGACGGAAAGUUGUAUCACACCACAGAGUCCUGCAGGUACCAAAGAAGAUCCACUUGAGGACCCAGCAAGGAUUAUUCAUCCAGACCCAGUCCUGGAGCACCCACAAUCCCCUCUGGCACAGGUGUCCGAGCAAAACGUGGACCCCGAAGAGUGCCUUGCCGACGGAUCUUCUCACUCAAAUGUAACAAAGCCCUCAGAAGCCUUAACCGGCACCAGAACUUCAAGUAGCGACGGGCCAUCUUCCUCCAGUGCCACGCAGCCCGACUCCCCCUUUGUGGAGGAGGAAGAAGAGGAGGAGGAGGAGGAGGAAGAAGAGGAGGAGGACGAUGAAGCAACGGUGGACGCGGAGGCCAUGGACGAUGCAUCAGGACAGGUCAGCAGCGCAGACGAAGGCAGCGAGGACGACGCAGACAGACCAGACGGGGAAAUGACGACUCCCCGCUCAUUACAUGAACAUGGACAGAGCAGGACGGACAGACAGGCGCUGUUCCGAAAGGUGAGCAAGUGGAUCGCAGACAGGAUCUCGCCCUCGACUUCCUCCUCCUCCCACCUGGAACCCUCGCCCGGCACUGAUUGGACGUCCUCCCGCCUAGACAAGUCGUCCCCUCUCCGGGGGCCUCACGGCAAGUUUGUGUCCCCAUCAUCUGCAGGGGGCUACAGCUCCUCCUCGUCGCCGCUGGAUCAGUCCACUCCUCAGCGACCUCGCGGAGAGCGGCGCGGCAACAUGGUGGAGUUGGCCAAACAUGAGGCCGACAUCGAGCACCGCACUCUGUCGCUGAAGCGUGAAGGUUGCUGGUCCACCAAGCGUUUGACUCGCCUGAUGGAGCCGCCGCGGCCCAAAGUGCAGUGGGACUAUCUGUGUGAGGAGAUGCAGUGGCUGUCUGCAGACUUUGCCCAGGAGAGGCGCUGGAAGAGAGGAGUGGCUCGAAAGGUGGUCCGAAUGGUGAUGCGACACCACGAAGAAUUGAGGCAGAAGGAGGAAAAAGCAAAGCGAGACGAGCACUCUAAAAUCAGGAGGGUGGCUUCUUCUAUUGCCAAGGAAGUGCGGGCUUUUUGGAGCAAUGUGGAGAAGGUGGUCCAGUACAAGCAGCAGUCUCGACUGGAAGAAAAGAGGAAGAAAGCUUUGGACCUUCAGCUGGACUUCAUUGUGGGACAGACCGAGAAGUACUCAGACCUCCUCACCAAAUCCCUCGCUCCCACCAGCCGCCCUGAAGCAGCCCCGUCGCUUUCCAAAACAUCCACGCCCGCUGCUGUCGAUGAAGAUGACCGGGACUUUGAGCCUCCGUGUGAGGAGGACGACGACGAAGAGACCAUGGAUGUGGAGGAGCAGCAGGACGGCAACGACGCCGAGAGCCACCGCAAGGAGAUCGAACUGCUGAAGGAGGAGAGCACGCUGCCCCUGGAUCAGCUGCUCAGCACACUACAGAAGUCUCAGGUAGUCCAAAACACUUUGAAGUCCCAAAGUCAAAUGUCGUAUAGAGAAGAUAUUGACCCUUGGAUUGUGCAGAACGCUGGUUUGGAUGAAGAAUGCUCGGAUGACUCCUCGUCAGCUGGGCAAGAAGAAGAGGAAGACAGAGAAUUCACUGCCAAUGAGGAGGAUGCUGAGGAUGAGGAGGACACCAUUGCUGCCCAGGAGAAGGUGGAGGGGGACGUGGACCAUGCAGAAGAACUGGAUGACUUGGCGAAGGAGGGAGAUCUGACCAUGGAGGAGCUGCUGGAGAAGUACAAAGCGGCGUACACCUCCGACUUCGAGGAGCCCUCCGCCUCUGGCUCCAAGGCAAGCUCGGAUUUGGAGGCGUCCGGCGAUGAAGAGUUGGAGAGCGAUGAAGCUGAGAGCGAUGUGGAAAGCCACACCUCCUCCUCGGACUCUGCAGGAGACAGUGAGGAGGAGGAGGACAGUGAGAAGGACAAAGUGGAGAUUGAGGAAGAGGACGGCGGGAUGGAGGUCUUGCUAAAGGAAGGAGACCACAGCCCGUCCUCGUCCAGCUCACGACCGAAGAAAGAGAUCAGUCACAUUGCAGCCACUGCAGAGAGCCUGCAGCCUAAAGGCUACACCUUGGCCACCACCAAGGUCAAGACCCCCAUCCCUUUCCUGCUUCAUGGCACGCUGCGUGAAUACCAGCACAUUGGACUGGACUGGCUGGUCACCAUGUUUGAGAAGAAGCUUAAUGGGAUCCUGGCUGACGAGAUGGGUUUGGGCAAGACCAUCCAGACCAUCGCGCUGUUGGCGCACCUCGCCUGUGAAAAAGGUAACUGGGGCCCUCAUCUCAUCAUCGUGCCCACCAGUGUGAUGUUAAACUGGGAGAUGGAGCUGAAGCGCUGGUGUCCUGGCUUCAAAAUCCUCACGUACUUUGGUAGUCAGAAGGAGAGGAAGCUGAAACGACAGGGUUGGACCAAGCCCAAUGCUUUCCACGUUUGCAUCACCUCCUACAAGCUGGUACUGCAGGAUCACCAGGCCUUCCGACGCAAGUCCUGGCGCUACCUGAUCCUCGAUGAAGCGCAAAACAUCAAGAACUUUAAGUCGCAACGCUGGCAGAGUCUGCUCAACUUCAACAGUCACCGACGUCUGCUGCUGACAGGAACUCCUCUGCAGAACAGCCUGAUGGAGCUGUGGUCCCUGAUGCACUUCCUGAUGCCCCACGUCUUCCAGUCCCACCGCGAGUUCAAGGAGUGGUUUUCCAACCCGCUGACGGGGAUGAUCGAGGGCAGCCAGGAGUACAACGAGGGCUUGGUCAAGAGGCUGCACAAGGUGCUCAGACCCUUCCUGCUCAGGAGGAUCAAGGUUGACGUGGAGAAGCAGAUGCCCAAGAAGUACGAGCAUGUGGUGCGAUGUCGCCUCUCCAAGAGGCAGCGCUUCCUCUAUGACGACUUUAUGGCACAGGCCUCGACCAGGGAGACCCUGGCCAGCGGUCACUUCAUGUCCGUCAUUAACAUCCUCAUGCAGCUCCGUAAAGUCUGCAACCACCCCAACCUGUUUGACCCUCGGCCCAUCCAGUCGCCCUUCAUCACCAAGCCCAUCGUUUUUCACACCGCCUCCCUGGUGCUGGACGCCGUGGAGGUGUCACCUCAGAAGCGCUGUGACCUUUCUAUCUUUGACCUCAUCGGUCUGGAGGGCCGCGUGACCCGGUACCAGGCGGACGCCUUUGCGCCCAAGCACAAAGUCAGUCGCCAGCUAAUCCAGGAAAUAGCGGAGUCUCCCGCUCCCCCGCCAAGACCCAGACAGAUCCGCAUGAAAGUCAACAGGUUCUUCCAUCCGCCUCCCAAAGGUGACAACCGCUCAGCCGCGCCGACAAACAAACCCACCUGCUCCGUGCCGCCCGCAGCUCAGGCACCCAAACCUCCAUCCCCUGAGCUCUCAGCUCCACCCAUGUCUUCACCGCCUGUUCCUGCACCUGCACCCGCAGUUCAACAAGUCGUGUGUUCGGUAGCGACCACUCCCACUCCCACACCUCGCUCCUCCCUUCCUCAAACGGCUGUGAGGUCCAGCGCUCCCAAGCCACUACUGACCGUGCGUCCUCCCCCCGCUCCUUGUGCCACCGGCAUACCUGCUCACCCCAGUCCAAACACCAGCAGCAUCAUGCCUCAGAGGGUUCUGCUCAGUCCAGACAUGCAAGCCAGGCUGCCCUCUGGUGAGGUGGUGAGCAUAGCACAGCUGGCCUCCCUGGCGGGAAGACCGGUGUCGUCGUGUCAGGGCAGCAAACCGGUCACCUUUCAACUGCAGGGCAACAAGUUGACCCUCUCAGGAGCGCCCAUCCAAGUCCAAGCACCGCCCCCUCGCCCCGUUCAGGGCAGUGUGAUGCACCUGGUGUCCAGCGGGGGUCAGCACCACCUCAUCAGCCAGCCCGCCCAGGUGAGCAUCCAGAGCCCCGCCGGCGCCAAGCCCGCGCCUGCAACCACCCCUGCACAGCGCCCGCCCCUCAGCGCUUCUCAAGUGCCCUCCUCGACCGUGGUGAGCAGCCCCGGCGUGGUGAAGAUCGUCGUUCGUCAGGCACCAGGCAAGGAGGGGGGUCCCGUGCCCACCCUGGCCGUGGCCCCGUCGCCUCGUGUGACUUCCCUGCACCCCCACCCAAAAACCGCCCCUAUUCGGAUCGCGGCGACGCAGCAAGUCGCCCAGCGCACCCCCGGUCCUGCCACCGCCACCUACACUCUAGCUCCUCCCAGAACCUCCAACACCACCCCAAACCAGUCCCAUCCCCCGCCCCCCAUUGUGAAAAUAGUCCAGCCUCCUCCGCCUUGCACAGAGAAGCCAGCUUCCUCCUCGGCUUCAGCAGAGGCUUCGUCAUCGCCAGUGACCAGCACCAAGUCCAGCGCAGUCGACACCACCACGCCGGCCCCCAGCAGCAGUCAGAGUCCAGUCGGUGCCAAGGAGAAAGUCAAAGUUCAGCCUCUCCCCAGAAAAGCACCUCGUCCACCUGCCCGCUCCCCUUUCUACAUUCCGUCGCUGGCUCACAGCCUCAAGCGGCAGCGUGAAGACAAACUGGACUCCAUCUUCAGAAUCAACCAGCGCCGCUGUGCUGCUCAGCCCGCGUACGGCAAGGAGGUUCUGGACUUCCUGACGUUUCUGCCCGGCCCCCGGCCCUCGCCAGCCACCCUACGCCCCGCCGAGGCCGAAUGGGGUCGCUCGGGCCACAGCAGCUGCUCGCUGUCACAGGAGCGACACAAGGUGGACUUCUGGUGUCACAGCCACUUCGUAAGAGACGCCAUCCACAGCAUUGAGGAGAGGCUGGAGCUGCUCACGGACAUCGUGGACCGGUUUACAUUUGUGAUCCCGCCAGUGGAAGCUGCUCGCAUUACCAUGCACUGCUGCCACCCUCCUCCCUCUCUGAGCCACAAGGAGGCGGUGUUCUCCUCAGCGCUCUCGGAACACGUCACUCCGCUGACUCGCAGCCUGCAUCGCGUCCAGUGCUACAUGCGCACCCAGUUCCCCGACCUACGCCUCAUCCAGUAUGAUUGUGGGAAGUUGCAGACGCUCCACUUGUUGUUGCGCAAUCUGAAGACGGGCGGCCACAGAGUGCUGAUCUUCACCCAGAUGACUCGCAUGCUGGACAUCUUGGAGCAGUUCCUCAACUACCACGGACACAUCUACCUGCGGCUCGACGGCAGCACCCGAGUGGAGCAAAGACAGGCCCUCAUGGAGCGCUUCAACGCCGACCGACGGAUCUUUUGCUUCAUUCUGUCCACUCGCAGCGGAGGUGUGGGCGUCAACCUGACGGGUGCGGACACGGUCGUGUUCUAUGACAGUGACUGGAACCCGACCAUGGACGCUCAGGCCCAGGACCGGUGCCACCGCAUCGGCCAGACUCGAGACGUGCACAUCUACAGGCUCAUCAGUGAGCGCACCGUGGAGGAGAACAUCCUGAAGAAAGCCAACCAGAAGAGGAUGCUGGGAGAUAUGGCCAUUGAGGGAGGGAACUUUACCACUGCCUUCUUCAAACAGCACACAAUCCGUGAGCUGUUUGAUGUCAACGACGGCGAGAAGAAGGAGGUAGCAGUGGAAGCGUCCGUGCCUCACGCGGAGGAUGAGGAAGCUGCCAACAAACCGAGCACCACCAUCCUGGAGCAGGCGCUCUGUCGUGCUGAGGACGAGGAGGACAUAGUCGCUGCCUCUCAAGCCAAAGCCGAGCAGGUGGCAGAGCUGGCGGAGUUCAACGAGAACAUUCCACUGGAUGACGGAGGGGAACAAGAAGAAGUGGAGGAGCUCUCGAAAGCGGAGCAGGAAAUAGCUGCUCUGGUGGAGCAGCUCACUCCCAUUGAGCGCUACGCCAUGAACUUCCUGGAAGCCUCCUUGGAAGAUGUUUGCAAGGAGGAGUUGAAACAAGCAGAGGAGCAAGUAGAGGCUGCCAGAAAGGGUCUGGACCAGGCCAAGGAAGGCCGACUACACGCGUCCUUCGGUGAAGAUGGGGACUUUCUGUCCGCCGCAGCCUCCACGGAGCCUACUCAGCCUACUCCCGCCCGGCGAGGCCGCAAGCCCAAAGACAAAAGCAAGACCGUCGCCUCCACAAGAACCAGCGGUCGUCUGCGUGGGGCCUCGCCUGAAACCGAGCCCACAUUGCACACAGAAGUGCCAGAAAGAGUCCGCGGUGGUCUUAGAGGACGCGGUGCCCUUAAAGACUCUAGUUCCCCGUCUCACGCCAACCCUUCAAAGACCACAACAGUCAGGCUCCAGGAGUCGUCUAAAUCUUUGAAAGCCGCGUCUCCCGCCGGAGAUCAGCAGCCCGGCAAAAACAAGCCUCAAGCCAGUCCUGUGCCUUCCUCGCCGUCUACGUCCUCCUCUGACGGCAAGCAGCAGAGUGUGUCCGAGACCCCCAGAAGAAACAAAGAGGAGCCCCUGGAGGAAAGCAGGCCUUCUGAGUCAUCGCUGGAGUCCAUCAGCCAAGUGGAGCACGAAGCAAGAGAUGACUGCAAAGACCAAAGCGCCAUGUCUCCGCCGUCCACGAGCUGUCGCUCACCUCGCAAGCGGCAGACAGCCGACAGCGAAGUCUUGCGGGGCAUGGUCGAUGACUCGCCAUCGGCCAAAGUCCUGCGGAAGCUUCCGGGUCGACUGAUCACCGUGGUGGAAGAGAAAGAGCCGAAGAAGAGGAAAUGGCGAGGAAGCAGUACUGGAGGUUCUUCAGAAGAAGCCUCACUGGAGGAGAACACCAGUGGACCUGUGGAGGAACCAAAUAAAGACAGUCCAUUGUCAGUAGCUGACAGUACUUCUAAAGACAUUCUGACCAAAUCCCCUCAGAACCAAAUCUCCACCCAAAGUCCACUUGUAUAUCAUCAACCUGUCAGAGCCUAUCCUCCAUAUUCCCCUCCCCAUCUGUCUCCUGACAUGCCCGUACUGAGGAACCUUCCCGUACGCCGCAGGUUGGAAACUGAAUCUCGCAUGGCGGCUCAGCUGGGAGAGCUGCUGCAUGCGGGCCGGGGGAGAGGUGCCAACCAGCACAAGAAAGUGGACUCUUCUCCAGGCAAAGAAACUGCUUCUCCUGAUGCCAUCAAUUCUCAUAUAGCACCGUUGAAAAGGAAGAGGGGACGGCCCCCUAAAUGUCCCCCAAAGUUGCCCGACUUCAACAACACAACGUCUCCUCCACCUUCACAACCCGUCUCACCGAGUGAGGAUGGGGACGCCCCCCUUUCCCCAAAACGCAAGCGUGGUCGCCCGCGCAAGGAUUCCGUAAAUACUCCAGACAUUGUUUGUGACGGACCGACAACUAAAAACGUCACGCCCUCUGCAGAUCCAUCCAAUGUUUCCAAACUGGACGCUAGUGAAGAAUCAACGGUCCCAUCGGACCAGAAGUCAGAGGACGCUGAUCAAGACUUCCUGUCUACCAAAGCUGAAGAACUAGACUCCAAGACCGAACAGUCUGCAUUGCCAACCAGUCAAACUUCAGUCUCUGAAGUCUCCAUAGAAUUCAUAGACCCACACACCACACCAAACCGGGUUAUUCCUGUCCCUGAAGGCAACAGUCCUACAAGUUCUUCACCACCUCCAGUAUCUGAUCUUUCUGGACCUCCUGAAGCUCUAUCAGACUCUGCCAAAAACACUUGUGGCGCCACUGCAGCUGCUGCCACUCUUCCACCGACAUCAUCUUCUUGCACGACGGUAGAAACGCCACCAACAUCUUCUACAAAGCCUGUAGAAGCGGCACCAACGUAUUCUAGCACGCUGGUAGAAGCGGCACCAACAUCUUCUACAAAGCCUGUAGAAGCGGCUCCAACGUAUUCUAGCAUGCUGGUAGAAGCGGCACCAACAUCUUUUACAAAGCCUGUAGAAGCGGCACCAACGUAUUCUAGCACGCUGGUAGAAGCGGCACCAACAUCUUCUACCACGCCUGUAGAAGCGACACCAACGUAUUCUAGCACGCUGGUAGAAGCGGCACCAAUAUCUUCUACAAAGCCUGUAGAAGCGGCACCAACGUAUUCUAGCACGCUGGUAGAAGCGGCACCAACAUCUUCUACAAAGCCUGUAGAUGCGGCACCAACCUAUUCUAGCACGCUGGUAGAGGCGGCACCAACGUCUUCUGCAACGCCUGUAGAAGCUACACAAACGUCUUCUGCAACACCUGUAGACGCUACACCAACGUCUUCUUCUACAACGCUGGUAAUAGCUACACCAACGUCUUCUACAACGCUGGUAAUAGCUACACCAACAUCUUCUACAAGGCUGGUAAAAGCUACACCAACAUCUGUUACAACGCCGGCAGACGCUACACCGUCUUCUACAACGCCGGCAGAGGCUACACCAACGUCUUCUACAACGCUGGUAAUAGCUACACCAACAUCUUCUACAAGGCUGGUAAAAGCUACACAAACAUCUGUUACAACGCCGGCAGAAGCUACACCGUCUUCUACAACGCCGGCAGAGGCUACACCAACGUCUUCUACAACGUCGGCAAAGGCUACACCGUCUUCUACAACGCCUGCAGAGGCUACACCGUCUUCUACAACGCCGGCAGAAGCUACACCGACAUCUUCUAAAACGCCGGUAGAAGCUACACCACCGUCUUCUACUGCGCCAAUAGAAGCGGCACCAACGUUUUCUAGAACACUGGUAGAAGCGGCACGGUCCUUUACAACUCUGGUAGAAGCGGCACCAACAUCUUCUAGAACGCUGGUAGAAGCAUCACCAACAUCUUCUAGAACGCUGGUAGAAGCAGCACCAACAUCUUCUAGAACGCUGGUAGAAGCGACACCGUCUUCUAGCAUGCUGGUAGAAGCAGCACCAACAUCUUCUGGAACACUGGUAGAAGCGACACCGUCUUCUAGCAUGCUGGUAGAAGCGACACCGUCUUCUAGCAUGCUGGUAGAAGCGACACCAACAUCUUCUGGAACGCUGGUAGAAGCAGCACCAACAUCUUCUACAACACUGACCUCAAAACCUGACGCCUCCAACCCAUCAUGUCAGGUGGAGGCUAAGGAGUCUCUCCAAUCCUCUGCUCCACCAGUCACCUCCACCCACCAUUUAGCGACCUUCUCAAGCCAAGUGGAGGACUCUUGUGAACCGGCAGAAGCAGACCUCACCUGUCUACCAAACACCGAGACGAUGUGGAACCCAAGCCAACUACCCACCUCACCAACUGUCAUGGCCUCUGCUGUAGAUGCUCAUCCAUCAUAUCCACUUUCUAACGCACCUUCGCCAACAACUGCCCCACCUUCUCCAACCUCCCCUCACCCCUCAGCAGACACGCCCCCAAACGACGCCCUAACGACAUCGCGUGUCCCGUGUGACGAUACGUCUGCCGCAUCAUGGGACACAAUGAAGACCAUGACAAGCACCCACGUACCAACAACAUCUAGCAGCGCUGCUCCUCAAACCUCCCCUGUCAUCUCACAAGCACCAACUCCGACCCCUCCUCCAAGUACCGAACCCAAUCCAGCCUUGUCCGAGAAAGACCUGGACCUGACGAAACCGACAAAGUUUGAAGACACACAGCAGGACAUGUUGGCAUCACGGAGCAAAAGAAGGAAGGGGCUGCGUUCUCCUAUGGCCAAAGACGUGGAGAAAGACGGCGUAGUCUUUGAGGACGCCAAGAGCGUCUCUCCCCCUGAGGAGCCAUCAAAGGAGGCGCACAAGAUGCCCGCUCAGAAAAGGUCUCUCUGUCGUCAGAGUAGCCAGGAGUCCGCUGGCUCGUCGUCGCCGUCCUCUGGCUGCUCCACAUCCACCUUGACUCGUCACGCUCACCACAAGAGGACGUACGAGAACAGACACCCCGGCAAGAAGCGACGAGUAGACGUCACCGCAGAGGCAGAAAUGGAAGGACCCGAGAGGGACCCCGCCACUGCGUCCCCUCAGAGACGACGCUCAAGGUCUCCUUCGUCCUCCAGCGGCUCGGAAGACGAGGACGACAAGAAGGAGCCCCGCCUGACUCGCUCUGCCAAGUCCCGGCUGCAGGAGCAGAGCGGCAAGCGAGAUGGAAGGACGUUGGCGCGCGCCUCUGACAGCAACGCCAACACGUCCACCGGGGGCGAUUCUGGCAGCGACUCGUCUUCAGUCCGGGUCACCAGGAGGUCAGUGGGGUCUUCUCAGGUCAAGAAGGUCCCGUCCACUGCGGCCUCACGUCCUCCUGAGCCGGAGGUGCUGGGCAAGAGGUGCUCGGCCCUCAACGCCGCCGCCAAGCUCCUCGCUAUGAAAGGACGGGUGGACACCCCUGGCCACACGCCCCGCAAGGGUCCUGCUGCGUCCCCUGACCAGAAGAACUUAAAGUCCAAAAGUAAAAGUGUCCUCGUCCCGCAGAACAACUCCGGGAAUGUGGACAAUAGUAAAAGCUGCAGCAAACCUUCAACGCCCAAUCAGGCCAGUCGUCCCACGCCGCGCUCCACCCGACAGUGCCCGGGGUCCCUGGUGCCCCCCCUGGAGGAGUACAAGAGGCCUAAACCUGAGGACAAAGAGGGCGGCUGUCGGAAGGCGGCGAAGGGGAAGGAUGGCGAGGCGUCGCGGGGUCAAAGUGCCUGCAGCAGCAUGAGCAGCGACGGCGAGGCGGACGUCGGACAAAGCAGCCGAAGUCGCAGCAGCAGCGGCAGCAGCCGGCGGGCGCACAGCGCCGGCUCCCAGAACGCCGAGCGCAAGACGCUGCGCUCCCGAGCCUCCUCGGGCAGCGACCCCGAUCGCAGCGCCGAGCGGAGCACGAGGGACCGGAAGGAGAAGCGGGCCGACGGGCGAGGAAGUCACAGUGAGCGCCGAUCUCUGAAGCUCACCCAGGACGCCGCGGCUGGCUCAGGGUCCGAGGGCACGCCAGACAGGGUGCUCAGGAGCGUGGCGGCGCUGGCGGCGGUGCAAGCGCGGUCGCCGGCGGCGAGCACGCGCUCCUCGGCCAACCAACAACGCCACAACAAGACAUGAGCGCCAGCACGUGGCGAGGUGUCAACGUCUCGACCUCGUCUGCACUCGACAUCCGGUCCAGGACACCAGCGCUGCACAAGCCAGGGACGUCCCGGCGCCUUGGGCCCCUCCCCCUUUACAAAGGAGGUGGGCCGGGGGGCGGCUCAGGAGUGCUGGACUGACUAGUGGGCGGAGCUUGGCCACGUGAGGGCAGGCUGCUCACGCUUGUGAUGGAGCUGCUUGGCUUUCUUCUACCAAUUAUGAAAUAUGUUUGCACACCUUCCUCCUCAUCAUCAUCAUCUUCAGGUCAAAGGUGCCGAUGAUGUCAUCAUCUCAUCCGAGGCGGUCACUGUUGUGUAUUUAUCGUGCGAGUGCCUCUCGGGUUCUGACCCGGCUUGCCUUGACAAGUUCUUCACUCUGGUCAAGAGGAGCCAAAUCAAGGAAGUGACUUUGUGCUACCAAAUAGUUUCUUUUGUUGUUGACAAGAACUCGGGAAGACUUCAGGAGACUGUGGGCUCACUUGGGGGUGGAGGUUCUGGUGAAGGUCUUUUUUUGUUUUCUUUUGGUUGGUCUUUUUAUUUGUUGCAUUCCUUCAAGCCCUGUAAUUCCACCUUGUUUUACUUGAACACGUCAGACAAGUACUCUUGAAUAAAAAGACCAAAAUGGA